AAAAAAAACGUAUAAAAUGGGAGAAGAAGCUAACACAAAUUCUUAUAUUAUGAAUAAGCUAAUAACAUUACUUUUGUUUGUAUUCUAAAUUAUUGACCAUGUUGUUAAACUAUAUCGUUAAUGAUCCCACUACUCCCUUCACAAUCUUGUUUACAGCCUUAAUAUUGUCAGUCCUCAUAUAUAGAUUAUGUUUCUAUAUUACUACCCCAAAACUGAAAUUUCCACCAUCUCCGCCAAGGCUACCUAUCGUUGGAAACCUCCACCAGCUCGGAUUGUACAGCCAUCGAAAGCUGCAGGCUUGGAGCCGGCGCUAUGGCCCUGUCAUGCUGCUCAGGCUCGGCAGCUCACCGGUCCUCGUCGUCUCCUCUGCCUCGGCUGCUCGUGAGAUAUUGAAAACUCACGACGCAGCCUUUUCCAACCGAGUCAAGUCCAUUGCCUUCGGGAAGCUACUCUACAACUACAAAGACGUUGCUUCGGCACCCUAUGGCGAGUACUGGAGGCAGAUUAAGAGCAUUUGUGUGCUUCAUCUGCUAAGCAACAAAAGGGUUCAGUCUUAUAGAGCCGUAAGGGAAGAGGAGACCAAGCUCAUGGUUGAGAAGAUUCGAAAGUCUUGUGGGGCUGUGGUGAAUUUGAGCGAGCUGUUUGUAAGGCUAACCAACGAUGUCGUUUGUAGGGUGGCGUUGGGGAGGAAGUAUGAUGAAGAAAGUGGUGGGAAGAGGUUUAAGGAGCUACUAAAGGAGCUUGGGGAGCUAUUGGGGUGUUUCAAUAUAGGAGACUAUAUUCCUAAGCUUAGUUGGUUGAGCCGUGUGAGUGGUUAUGAUGGUAGAAUGGAGAAGGUGGCUAAGGAGUUUGAUGAGUUCUUGGAAAGUGUUCUUCAUGACCAUAUGAAUACAAAUAAUAGAGUUACUACUGGAGAGAACAGUGAAGAGUACCAGAAAGAUUUCGUGGACAUUUUGCUUAUGAUUCAAAGGGAAAACUUGCUUGGCUUUCCUAUUGAUAAAACUUCCAUAAAGGCUAUAAUUUUGGACAUGUUUGCAGCGGGAACCGAUACAACGUACACAGUCUUAGAAUGGGCAAUGAGUGAGCUCAUACGACAUCCAAUUUCCAUGAAAAAGCUUCAAAAGGAGAUUAGAACAACAAUCCUUAAUAAGAAGAUCAAAAGUAACAGUACUAUUACCGAAGAUAACGUUACAGAAGAUGAUCUACACAAAAUGCCUUACCUGAAAGCAGUUUUAAAAGAAACUCUUCGUCUACAUCCUCCUGUCCCUUUACUCGUUCCUCGACUCUCAACACAAGAUGUAAAGAUAAGUGGAUACGAUGUCGUUUCUGGAACCCAAGUUUUCAUCAAUGCAUGGGCUAUAGGAAGAGAUCCCGACACAUGGGAAGAUGAUCCAAAUCAGUUUAAACCAGAGAGGUUCUUGUUCAAGAAUGCCGCAGUAGAUUACAAAGGGCAUGAUUUCGAGUUGAUUCCUUUCGGGGCCGGACGACGGGGCUGCCCUGGAAUUCUCUUUGCCAUAACUGUUGAUGAGCUUGUUUUGGCUAGUGUCGUUCAUAAGUUUGACUGGACGUUUUUGACUCCAGAAGAAGGUUUGGAUGAUCAUAUGGCUGAAACCACUGGUUUGACUGCGCAUAGAAAGUUUUCUCUGAUGGCGGUGCCAACUGAAUAUCAUGAUCAUCAAUGAUCUAGUAAUAUGAUCAAUAUAUAUUUAUAUAUACACUUAUAAAUUAAUAUAUGUAUUUAUAGUGCAUGUUAUAUAAUAAGGAAUCUUUACUGUUAGCAUUGCCUUUAAUAAGUAUUUUAGUUGUUUAUAAAAUAUAUUUAUAUUUUUGGUUAAA